AAGGUCUGAUGUACCAAGUCCAAAUGGUGUGGUAAAGGGAGAGAGGAGUGAAGGAACGAAGUCAAGCUGAGGCUGACGCUACGGCGGACCGCAGAGACAAUCAGCUUCCCCCCCACAAUGUUCCCACCGUCUCUCCUGAACCAUAAGGUUAUUUAGGACAAUAUCCUCCACCAUGUCCGCCACUUCGAGUGAUAGCGAAGGGAGCGACGUAGACAUUCCGAGUUCAGCAGCAACACUAACACUUCCAAAAAAACGGGGACGACCAGAAGUCACCUCUCUCGAACCCUUCAGAGAGCAGAUCAUCAAGCUCUUCUCCGAAGAAAACAUCCCCAUCAUUGACAUCGCUAGGCGUCUGAAUCUCGACCACGGUCUCGAUGUCAGUGAACGUACAAUAUCGCGUCGACUGACGGCUUGGAAUGUCCCACGAAAGAAGACGCGUAUCACAGCUACCCAAGACCUCCGCGACCGAAUUGUCUAUCAUUACAAUAAAAAUCUCAAUGAUGAGCAAAUCGCCGCUGCCCUCGUCUCGGAGGGGUUCGAAGUCAAGACCCGGAAUCUUGCUCGUCUGCGGCAGAAGCUGGGAAUGAGAAGGCGAUCCAAAUAUCCCGAGUUCAGAGAGUAUUCCGAGGAAGGGGACGAAGCACCAUCAGCUCAGUUGGCCGCAGAAGCAGGACUCACACUUCCGAAACCCACACCGAAGAAGCGGAAGAAGGCAAAGACCAAGCACAAUGCGGCGUUGAUUCCCAAGGUCUCGGCUUUCGUGGAGAAGUACAUGAGCAAGUAUGAUGGCUCUCACGACUUCAAUCAUAUAAGACGCGUUGUUGGAUUGGCACAUUUGAUUUAUACAGAAAUCAACAGGGCGAGGGAAUCCUCGCCGCUCUUUGAUGAGGACGAGUCGGAUCUGGAUCUACACGUUAUCACACUCGGUGCUCUGCUACAUGAUGUCGGAGACAAGAAGUACCUGCAGCCAGGACAAGAUGCAAACACACUCGUCCUCGCAACGCUUCUGAGUUUCGGUGCUCCUGAGGACCUGGCCAUCAAGGUGCAGAGGAUCGUCUUGGGCGUAUCAUACUCCACUGAAUGCAAAGACCCCGCACAAACCAGGGCUAUGAUCGAAAAGUACCCUGAAUUAGCCGUGGUUCAGGAUGCAGAUCGAUUGGAUGCCAUUGGUGCGAUUGGCAUCGGAAGGACGUUUACCUUCGGUGGGGCAAAAGGAGCGAAAGAAAUGGGAGAGACGAUUCAGCAUUUUGAAGACAAAUUGGAGAAGCUCGAAAGCAUGAUGAAGACGACGCCCGGGAUGAGAAUGGCUCGAGAGAGGACGGAAAGGCUCAAAACUUUCAAGAGUUGGUGGGAGGAGGAGCAGAAAGAGGCUGAGGGGCUGUUGCGUCGGAAGUGAUGAGACUUUGAUACCCACACAUUAGUGAUCUGAUUUGCGCCGCGUUUCGCACGUUUGCCAUCAAGGUGUUACGAGUUGCGGCCGCUGAUGAUUUAUUUAUUGCCUUUCUCGUGCAGUGUUCGGGCACCGCAAAGUAGAGUAAUCCCUAAGAGACUCCGCAUCAUGUCAGCACUGACUGAGUGCCACCAUUGACAUAAUAAAAUACGAGAAAAGGAGAGAAUUGCCCUAGCUUCAAGUUUCAACUGUCUUUCUCUUUUACUGUUCUAAGAUGAAUGCUCUUCCCCCAGAACUCAUUCGACAAAUCGUUAGCAAUAUUCCAAAAUCAUCUCUUUCAUCUUGUCGACUCGUAUGUCAAACAUUCAACACCUUUGCGU